GGCCUGGUGCUUUUGUAUUUAUUUAUGUUUCCUUCCUGUUCUCACUGCAGCCCGUGGCUCAUCCUGCGUCUGGUUCUGCUGGGGGUUUCUUCCUGCCGAGACCGAGUUCGGCUCUCCUCUUAAAGGAAACUCAUGUUUUAUCCUCUGCAUUGUGUUUAUUCAUAAUGGGUCAACAAAUUAAAGAAAAGAUCUAAGCAAUUUGUGUGUUUUCAUAUAUAUAACUGGCAAUAAGCUUAAAAUCAGGCUGUAGUGAAAAUGGUAAACUGAACUUUUUAUUAAAUGUUGAGGUUGUAUUUGUAUUAAUCACCAUUUAUAUCAAUAAACUGCACUGAAGUGAAAUGGAAUAUGCAUGAUUUUAAUACCAUACCAGGUUAUGGCAGCAAAAAUGUAGUGUGAUGUAUUGCUCUGCAUUUUAUCUUGUGAAACUCUGCAAAAGGCUUUUAGAUAAAAAAUGUUUUUGUCAGAUUAUACAAACUAAAUCAAAGCAAACAGAACUCAGUGGGGGAAAAUAAGCUCCAGAUUUGAUUGCAUAGAACUAGAAUGAAUUUUCUCUGCAACAAAAACUGUAUUCAGAAGCCUGUUAAUCAAUAAAAACAAUCAAUGCUAAUCCUAUGGUGUGGCCUCUGAGUGCGCCUGUAAACAUUCCAACAUGGACACAGGGUCAAAUUCCACGCCACAUUUUGCUUGGGGCCAUGUGUGCUCACUUCUGUCCCUCUCCAGCCUGGGAUCUACAGACACAGAGAGCCACUGAGACAAGAAGGUCUGUAGCAUGUCUGGACCAAAACCACAAGUGGUCCAUGCGAUUCCAACCUACACCCUAACCCGGCUUGCACGAGAGUGGCUGGCAGAGGACACUCCAAACUUUGACCCGGCAGGAGUCUGCGUGGGAUCAGAGGAAGUGGAGGCACAGUUGUUGUGUAAAACUCCUCACACUGUGCUGGCAGGAAACCCUUUCUUCACAGCAGUGUUCACUGAGGUGGGCUGCACCGUGGACUGGAUGUACCAAGAAGGAGCGGUGAUAGGUCCAGAUGCCGUCACAGUGACUGCUGUGGUGAGAGGGCCAGCGAGAUGCCUCCUCCUCGGGGAGCGCCCUGCUCUAAACUGCCUGAGUCGCGCCUCGGGGAUCGCCACCCGCUGUUCUCAGCUCCAACUGACGGCAAAGUCUGCGGGCUGGCACGGAGAAGUGGCUGGCACCCGUAAGACCACCCCGGGCUUUAGGCUGGUGGAGAAGUACGCCAUGCUGGUGGGCGGCACAUCCAUGCACAGACAGGACCUGAGCGGGAUGGUGAUGCUGAAGGACAACCACGUCUGGGCGUCGGGGAGCAUCACAGAGGCCGUGAAAGUGGCGCGCUCAGUGUGUGGCUUCAGCAGCAAGAUCGAGGUUGAGUGCUGCUCCACAGCGGAGGGAAGAGAGGCAGCCACAGCCGGAGCAGACAUUGUCAUGUUGGACAACUUUCAGCCACGGGAGCUUCACGUUGCAGCGCGAGACCUGAAGAACGAGUUCCCAUCUCUUCAGAUAGAAGCUAGCGGAGGAGUCACUCCUGAAAAUGUAGCUUCAUAUUUCUCCUCGUAUGUAGACAUUAUUUCUCUGGGUUGCAUCACUCAGGGAUGCCCAGUUUCAGAUUUUUCUCUGAAAGUUCUAAAGCCAGGUACAAACAAGUGAUUGCUAAACUAAUUGUUGUCAUAU